AGAGUGAUCGACCACGAAAGCGGGUCGGGAUAAAACCACGGAAGGGUUUAGUUGAAGAGGAACAGAGAAGCUAGAGCCUCUCUCUCCUCUAAUCAAGUUUAAAUGAUUAGGGCGACUUUGUCUUCCCACUUCGAAAAAAUAACUUUCCUAUCACUUACACAUAAUAACUCUGCCUUUUCAUCCCUCUUCUUUUCCUGUCUAUCUCUUUGAGGCCGACACAUUUCCCCUCUCAUCUCCCCUCAUCACCUGCAAACUAAAAAGGGGGAAGCUCAAACUUUUGGUUCUAAUUAAGCAACAUCACCACCAAGGUAAUUCCCUUUUCUCCUUCUCCACAUCUGGUGCUUGCCAGAUGAAGGGCUACCCACUUCUCUUUCUUAUCUGGAGAUUUGUGGUUGUCCUUUCCUAGAACAACGUUGCCAGUGAGAGACAGGGGAAGAUAGGCCCAAGAUUGCUCACAUCAAGACCAUUUCUAUCAAUAACAAACGUAUAUGACGUGCAAUGGCUACAUGUGCUUUGUAAUUCCCUGAGAUGAUUCCACCGCUGAGUCUCUGGAUAGAAAUUUCCUGUCAAUGUUGGACAAGGUUCUGAAUUAGUAGUGCUAACACGCGAGUACAAGACUGUGGCCAGAGGAAUGGUUGCCAAUGUAUAUAGGAUUUUGUUUUCUACAAAACGAAGAAGGGUGCUCUACAUUAUGUCUUUAUUGUGGACCAAUCAGAGUGUUUGCAUAUAUGAAGUAUGCAAUUGGAGGUGGCUCUAGUACUUUCAGCACCAACUUCACUGUUGCCUCUCGGUUCCCUUGUUUAUUCGGUUACUGUCCAGUUCGGAGCCAUCACUUACUGAAAGUUCUAGGUCACAUCAGCUUUUACUUUCCUGGAUCAGGGUCAAUAUUUGCAAGAGACACUUUGUUCAGCCUAUCAUGUCGCAAGUUGUUUGAAGGAACACCUGACCAGAUGCAGUCUUCCCUUACAAAGAUUAUGUCUUUACCAGCUGAUAUAGAAGUAUACUUUGGUCAUGAAUAUACAUUGAGUAACUCUAAGUUUGCCUUAUCUAUUGAACUUGAGCACGAGGCACUUCAGUCCUAAGCAGCCCGUGUCACACAUCUUCGCAGCAAAGGCGUGCCUACGCUUCUUGCUUGUGUCAUUUUGUCAUGUUGCUCAUGGGUAGUGUGGCUUUUGAUGUGGGAGUAUUGUAUGCAGCUUCUUGAAACAAGUUGAUGUGGUGGCAAAAGCAGAAUGAAAAAAGAGGAGCAGCAAGAGCAAGCAUUAGUCGUGGCCAAAGUGGGCAAGCAAUCAUAAAUAGUCCAAUAAACAAUGAUCCAUUUCUAGCACACUAAUGUCUUUGUCCCGGAUGCAAUGUUAAAUAAUAAAUUGUCACCGAUUCAUGAUUUUGUGGAACAAUGACUAAUACGAAUUGUAUCUUGGUGGAUCCAAUAUACUUUGAAGUUUAAAAUAUGGGUUGGAGUACUAUUAGUUCAUUUGA